AUGAUAUUAAAUAAUAUUCGUUUAUGCCUUAUUCGAUAUCGAUAUUUAUUAAGUAUUGAUCGAAAAUAUUUGAAAAUAUUCUCAACACCAAUUCAAUUAAAUUUAACGAUGAAAAAUUUAAUAAUUUCUCGAAAAUAUAAAGAAGUUCUUGAUUUAUUUGAUCAACAAAUUUCAUUACGUACAGAUAUAACGUUCAAUUUAGCUUUGAAAGCAGCGACAAAAUUAUUGAAUUGUAAUCGUGGUAUUCAUAUUCAUCAACAAGUACCGUCAGAAUUGCUGCUGGAAAACUCAUUUAUUCAAACAUCAUUAAUUAAUUUUUACAUGGAAUGUCAUUUAAUCGAUGAUGCUAACCGAAUCUUUUCAACUAUUAAAAAAAAGAAUAUUUUUCUAUAUACUGCAAUGCUCAAAGGUUACAUAAAUAAUAAUUUAACAGAAAAAGCGAUUGAAUUAUUUGAAGAAAUUCCAAAAGACGAAGUUGAUGAAAUAAUUAUAACAUUAUUGUUUAAUGCAUGUACAAAACUUUCCAAUGAUUAUUCAAUUAAAAUUGGAAAAGAUGUACUCAAUCAAUUACCAAAGUCUUUUCUUCGAGAUCAACAAUUAAUUGAUACAAUUAUUCAAAUGUUAAUGAAAUUCGGUGAUGUAAAGGAUGCUGAAUUUUACUUUGAAAAAAGCCCAAACAAAACUAUCAUUACUUAUGCAGUCAUGAUGCAAGGUUAUGCUAAAAAUAAUUUCUUUGAAAAAGCAUUAGAUUUAUUUGAAGAAAAUUCUUUGAAAUUAGAUGCAAUUAUGUAUAUCAUUAUUUAUAAUAUAUGUGCUUCAUUAUCUAAUCAAAGAUCUAUUCAGUUAGGAAAAACAAUUAUUGAUAAAAUGCCAAAAGAAUUUCUAAAUGAUACGAAUGUAGUUACUUCUUUAAUGCAUAUGUUAAUGAAUUUUGGUCAAGUAGAGAAAGCUGAAUCUUUCUUUAAACAAAUUAAAAAUCCGACUUUAUAUGCUUAUGGAGUUUUAAUGAAUGGUUAUAAAAAUAAUGAUCAACCAGAAAAAUGUUUACUACUUUUUGAAGAAAUGAAAAAACAAAAUAUAAUAAUUGAUGAACCAACAGCUCUAGCAUUGAUUGGCGCAUGUUCACAAAUUGGUAUACAUUCAAUUUCUCAAAAUAUUGCUCAACAAAUUUCUCAUUUAAAAGUUAAUCUUCGAUUAAAAACUUCUUUGAUUAAUAUGUGGAGUAAAUCAGGUGAUAUUCAUCGUGCCAAAGAGAUCUUUCAAUCAAUUCAUCAAGGUGAUACUCUUGUCUAUGGAUCAAUGAUAAAUGGAUAUGGAUUAAAUGGAAUGAGUUAUGAGGCAAUUGAUAUUUAUGAACAAAUGCCAGAAAAUAUGAAAAAUGAAAUGACACAUAUUUGUAUUCUCAAUGCCUGUUCUCAUUCAGGUCUUGUUAAUCAAGCUCAAAUUAUCUUCAAUAAGAUUCCAAUAAAAACAACAAAUAUUAUAACUACAAUGGUCGACUGUUAUAGUCGAAUGGGAUUAUUUGAUGAAGCACAAGAAAUAAUUAUGAAUUAUGAAAAAUCAAAUCCACCUUAUUUAAUUAUGUAUAUGGCUAUGUUAUCGGGUGCUCGAAAUCAUCGACAAAUCGAUUUGUCAAAGAAACUAUAUGAGCAAAUGAAAAAUUUAUUUCCUAAUCAAAAAUCAGAUCUCAUUGCUGCCUCUAUUCUUUUAUCUAAUACAUAUUCAUCCUUAGGAGAAGAUCAACAAGCAAAACAAGUUCGAAUAAAACAGAUUGGUAAGAAUAUUAAAAUUGGUUUAUCAUGGACUGAAGUUAAUGGUGAAGUUAUGUGUUUUAAAGCUCAUGAUCGAUCUCAUCCACAGUCAAAUGAAAUUUAUGCUGAACUUGAACAUUUAUCAAAUCAAUUAAAAGAAAAUGGUUAUGAAUAUGAUUCAUCAUGGAUAACUCGUCCACUUAAACAUGGAGAAACUUAUGAAUCCGUAUUGUGUGGUCAUAGUGAAAAACUUGCAAUUGCAUUUGAUCUUAUUCAAAAACCUCAACCAUCAUUGAUUCAAAUCACAAAAAAUCUUCGUAUCUGUGGAGAUUGUCAUCGUGCAACAAAAAUGAUUGCUAAGAUUCGACAAUGUACAAUUAUUGUACGAGAUGCAAAUCGUAUUCAUCAUUUUCAUACAAAUGGACAAUGUUCUUGUCAAGAUUAUUUUUAG